CCCUCGCUCCAGGUGAUGCCGGUGACCGGAGUGACGAUGCCGCCGGCGAGGCGGCGGCGGCCGCUGCUGAUGGAGGAGGCGGAGAUGAUGAUGAUGGUGAUGAUGAUGAUGAUGGGCUCCGCCGCCCGGCCCUGCCCCUAAGCGGCAGGGAAGCGCCAGCGGCCGGCUCCCCUCCUCCCCCGAGAGCGCCCGGCUCCCCCCGGCCGCCGCCUCCCCCUCUCCGUCCUCGAUGUCUCCUCCGCGGCGCGGAGCUCCCUCGGCCGCCUCCCCGCCCUGCCGCUCCUCGCCGCCGUCUCCCUCCCGCCCCGCGGCCCGGCGGCUGCCGGACCCCGCCCGGCGGCGGCACCAUGAAGGUGGAAGCGGGGGACAACUCCAUGAUCAACCUGUCGGUGCAGCAAGUGCUGAGCCUGUGGGCUCACGGCACCGUCCUCCGCAGCCUCACGGAGAUGUGGUACUGGGUUUUCCUCUGGGCUCUCUUCUCCUCUCUCUUUGUCCAUGGUGCUGUGGGAGUGUUAAUGUUUGUGAUGCUGCAGAGGCAUAGGCAGGGGAGGCUGAUAUCUGUCAUUGUGGUCAGCAUUGGAUUUCUGGGUUCUGUAACUGGAGCAAUGAUAACCAGUGCUGCAGUAGCUGGAAUUUACAGAGUAGCAGGAAAGAACAUGGCUCCUCUAGAAGCUCUUGUCUUUGGUGUUGGACAGACAGUACUGACAUUAAUUAUCUCAUUUUCAAGAAUUCUUGCAACGCUUUGAAGCUCAUGUAGAAAGGGGGGAGAAAAAUGUCUUCAAUCUGAAGAGAAGCGUCCUGACAGUGGAUUCAUCAGCUUAUGAACUCGAAUUCUGGUGCAAGAGGAAGGAAGCUAUGUGGAAAGUGCACUACAAAUCUCGAGGCUCAGUCAAAUGAGCAGGCUGUCCUCUAGUGUUGGAACUGCUGCACUCCUGCACUGCGCCUUAACGUGCCUCCAUCGCGGGCCGGGGGGAUCCCUGUGAGAUCCAGGGAUGGAUGUGGGGCACCUGCAGCAGCUGCCAGGCAGGUCCCUGCUUGGUGGUGGCAUCACUGUCCUUAACACCUUGGAAGGAAACAGAGGGGCCGUCCUGAAAGCUGUUCCGUGUGCCAAACUUGGGGUUUGAUUCUGAGCGGGUGGCUGGGUAAGCUCUGGAAUGUAGAAGAAUUCUGUGAAUGUGCACAAUUCUCCUUGAAUUCAGGUGAAAUAGCAAGAUAGCUGACUUUUGUGUGUUAGAAGAAUCUCUCUGAAUGCUGAAUAUUCUUGUUCAGCAUUCAAAACAACUGUUAGAUCUGUUUCAAAAUGUAGAUUAAUUUUGAUGGGGUUUAAGAACCACAGCUUUAACAACCCUGAUAUAAUUAGCACUGUGUGAAGAAUGGCUCGUGGCAGUUUCGUUCCUUGGCACAUUUCUUUGUGAUUUUAGCCUGUCAGAAAUCAGGAGUUUAGGGUGACUAUAUGAAGGUUACUAAGUACAAGCCAUUGUGUAUGCACAAACAAAUCUUAAACUGUUGUUUUCCUUGAAAUUACUUUGUCUUAAGCAUACACAUGGCUACCAGCCCUUCUGCAAACCUCAGAGAAAGGGUGCUCAUUGCAAAUGAACUCCCUAUAUUUUAUUAAGCGCUGGUAGGAACCUUACCCCUACAUGCAUUCUGUAAGGAAAACACAAAUACAACAAACUGUCAGAGGAAACCUAUGAGGAAAAUGGAAAGGGUUAACAAUAUGAUGUCUUGGUUUUCUACUGAACAAAAAUAUUAAGUGUAAUAAAAUAGUUACCGUACUCCAAAAAUUUGUAAGUGGGGCAGCACUAAUGUAUUUACUACCUUGUUUCUGAACACUUUGUAUCUUUGGAAAGGUCAAGAUACCUAGAACUUUCAAAUACUUAGCUUUUAGUGGUUUGUGCUUUUCUAGUUUAAAAGGGACUGAGUGGUGUUGUGCAUGUGAAUGUCAUAAAUGUGAGUGUUUGGAGUAAAGAGAAAUUAAGUCUAAUGACUAAUUAUUUAUGAAAUACAAAAUUAAAAGGGCAUAAAGUUCUGUGAAGAAUGAGGAAUCUUUUACAUCUUUUUUCAGCUUAAUGCUUUUCAGCAGUUGUCUCUUAAUGAUGACGGGGAAUAAAUCACUCAAAGGUUUUGCUGUUAUGAUGUCAAAAAGACUUUCAGGACUGUCAUAAACACUGGCACCUACUGCACACCUAAAAGAAUAUGUUUAAAAUAUAACUUGCAAUCCAGUCAUUGCUUAGUACUUUAAAAUAUAAUGAACUAACAUGUCUGCCUUUAUCUUAUUCCACAUUUCUUUAAAGUGCUAGGAAUGCUAAUAGUUUUUGUUUUCUUUAAAAGCAUCAAAGUCCUGUUUGGAAAACAUACAAAGUUAUGGGCUUUGCAGGGAACAAGUUAAAGUAUAGGUUUAUAAAUAUUUUCAGUGUUAUUUUUACUUUUAAUUGCUUCAAAAAUGUGGCUGAAUACAUAUACUGUCACUGUUUUUGAAUGUCUUCAAAAAUUUUCCUGUGGUUUGUUUUUUUGUCUUUUACUUUUUGCUUAUAAUUUUUGGCACAUGACCAUUGCACUUUAAUAGACAAUGAAAUUAUGACAUCUGUAACAAGCAAUUGAAACUUUCCCCCAUUGUCUUAAAUUGUGAGAAAACUGGUUUCAGGUAUUUAUGUCAAAUUGAAUAAUAAAGUGAUUGAAGAUAUUUUUCCUAAUGUGCCUUGUUACACAUAUGUUUAGGUGAGAGGAUUUAAAAAAAAUUGUCACAUCUUCAUUCUUGUUAUACUUUGAUUAUUUCUGAUUAAUUUGGUUACUUGAUACAGUGUCUUGUUCAACAGAGUUUAAAACAUUUUUUUUGGCAACCUGGAAAUGCUUGUCUGGAUCAAAACCAAACGCAUCACGAAGCACUUGCUGUGUUCGGUAAUUUAGAUUGUCUCAUGCCUUUGUCUCACACUGAAACUUAUUCACAUGUUCCAAAUUCUUAAUUUUUAAUCUCAAUUCUUAAUUUUUGUAGGAGGCUAUUAUGCUGCCACUGGCCAAUGGCUGGCUGUCUUUCACUAAGCUAAACUACAGCAGGCUGCUGCCAACUGAUGAGAUACAUGUGCUUGUAUUGAUGAACUUCAUUCUUCAUUUUAAUUACUGUGCCAAUGAAGUUGUUGCUGUUGUAACUCUCCCCCUUGGACAAGGAGGCAUCUUUGCAGGUUUUAAGCUACCUUUCUCCAAAUAAUUUUUUAUUGCAUAGGUACUUGUAUUCACUUUUAGAAUGUUGUUGUGUGUUUAGCUCUCUCUGCGUUGUAUGGCAUUAUUGCCUGGCAAGAGGGGACAGGCAGAUAAUGUAAUGCUUAAGUGGCCUAACAGGGACAAGGCUUUAUUUGAUAGAAGUUUGUUUUCAGCUGUUUGUUGUGAGGAGUUUAUAAUGAUGAAAAGUUUGUCUGUGAAGUGUUCUUUGAUCACAGCAUGAACGUACUGCUUAAUAACUCCAGCAGUGAAAGAAAGUGUAAGUGGCCUUAUGUCUGCAAAACUUGGAGCUUUCAUUCCAUAUCCCUAGAAACAGUGUUGUUAAGCAUAAGGUGCUUUAGUCAGUGUUUGUGUGUGUGUGUCUGUGUAUAUAUGUAUAUUUGAAUGAGUGAAUGGUGGCUUUGUGGAGUGUGUUUUAUACCUGACACUUGCUAACAACUGAAACAGCUUUUCCAAUAGAAAAUAGAAUUACUUUAGCUAGCCUCCCGUCCCCCUUCCCCUCUUAAUGAAGCUACAAAGGAAUCUUGUGUGUGAAUGGCACUGAUGGUACCCUGGUUCACCCUUGGACAAUGCAGUGUUGUCCACACAGAUGUUUUAGCACUAUCUUCAAUCAGCUCUGCCUGUCUCUGGGUUGUAUCGAAGUGCACAUUCUGUACUGUGCAGAACAAAUAGUGCAUCGACACAGUUUAAUAUUUGGAAGAAGGGGGAGUACUGAAUAUAUUAUUUAAUGUGGAAAAGCUACUGGUUUUUUUAGGAGCUGCUGCUAUCAAAGAUUUAAACAUUCCACACACUUUUGAUUUAUCAGUAUGAUCAUAGAAUUGUAAAAUACCAGGUUGGAGGGGACCUCAGCCAUGGUCUGGUCCAACCUUUCCUGUCAAUAGCAUGGUCUAGACAAGGUAGCCCAGCAUCAAGUCUUUAAAGUGUCCAGUACUGGGGAGUCCAACACUUCCCUGUGAUUUUGUUCCAAUGGCAUUAUUCCAGUGUCCAACUGGAAUAUCACAAAGUAAUUUGUACACAUUACCCCUCAUCUUUUCCAGGUGACUGCUUGUAAAAAGGGAGUCUCUUCUUUCUAGCCACCCUUUGAAAAUUGGAAUAUGUUGAUAAAUGCUCCCUUAAGCCUUCUUUCUUCAAGGCAGAAUCAGCCCAGUUCUUUGCUUUUCCUCAUACGUCAGGCUUCCCAGACCUUUGAUUAUCCCCGUGGCCUUUCUCUGGAGUCUUUCCAGCCUGUCCACAGUUUUGUGUGUUUUUUGCAUGUCAGGGACCAAAGCUAGACACAGAGAACCCAGUAUUGCAGAUGUGGCCUGUCAGGUGGCUGAGUGAGAUAAUGGUGAUUUUAACUCUGCUGGUGAUGCUCUUGUUGAUCUAGUCCAUCCAUCAUGUCAAUGAUCCUGUUGGCUUCCUUUGCCAUAACAGCACACUGCUCACUCACAUGGAGCUGCUUGUUCACCAGGACCCCCAGAUCCCUUUCCACAGAGCUGCUCCUCAGACAGGUCCAUCCCAGCCUGUGCUGCACUCCUGCAUUGUGUUUUGCCAGGUGCAAGAUGUUACCCUUGUCCUUGUUGAACUUCGUAAAGUUCUCUGUACAUCCUAUCAAUGUCCCAGUUCUCAGUGUGUAUUUUUCUGCUUUUCCAUCUCUGGUACACUUCUCUUCUGGAUUUGAGCAAAUUCAGAGGUUCACAGUUAAACCAAGGAGGUCUCUUGCUCUGCCUCUUUCCUGACCUUAAAGGGGAUGAGCUGGUUUAGUGUUUCCAGGAGACUGUUGGUGAAGAACUCCCAGUACUUUAUCCUCCUUAGCAACCCUUCCCAUGGGCUAUGAGCGUAGUGAAGUUUGCUCUUCUAAAUCUAAAAUGUUUGUUUUAACACUGACCUUCAGCAUGCUCAGCAGGAUCCCAGUACUGUGACCACGGCAGCUGAGGCUGUCCCUGAUUGGAAUUUUACAAAGCAGGUUUCCUUGGCUUGUAAGUAGCAAGUCCAGCAAUGCCCCAUCCUUGAUUGGCACAUCUAACCAUCUUUAUUCCAAAUCUAUCCUCUACAUACUCCAGGAACCUGAUGGAUAACAUGUGGGAUGCUGUAUUGUUCUUCCAACAGGUGUCUAGGCAGCCAAAAUCACACAUAGAACCAGGUUCUGUUGACCCAAAGCUUUCUUAAGUGACCCAAAUAUUGUUUAAUUAGUAUUAUUUCCUUGGAGAUAAUGGAGUUUGGAGGUCAGUAGCAGAUGAGCUUGGAGAUUCCCCUUGGAGAUGACCUCUCUGACCUUGACUCUGGCAUUCAACUGAGCUUCCACAAUCUCUGUAGGCAUAUACUGGAGGUGGUUGCUCUUUGGGUUCUCUUCUUGGGAAGCAGCUGAGGAGCAUUUGGCGCUACUCUGAUUGGCUUUACUUAUUCCCCAGAUCAAAAAAUUCUGUUUUGAGUCAAAACCUGCAGCUAUGUUUCAGGAAAAAAAGGUUCCAAAAAUUAUUGUCCUUAAAUUUCUGGGUAAUUUUGAAUUUAUGAAACUAAGCUGUGUGUUGUGGCUAGUCAAGACUUGCUGUUGGCAUUUUUUUUGAAGAAACCAAUAAUUUAACCAGUUUUGAACAUUCAACAUGGAUGUGAAGCUUGUCUAAACUUGUCUAAAGUAGCUUUCUAUUUUUGAAGCACAUUGUUUUGAUUUUGAUAAAGAAAAUAGUGUUGCCGUCACAACAUAUUGUACAUUAAUAUUUAUUUAGCUUACAAUUUGUAUUUGAGUUCUGUUGUGGGGAGCACAUAUAUACUGAGGAACUGUAAUGGAGUCUGAGUUCUAAUAACUAUAAGAACUGGGUCUUUUUGUUUUAAUUUAUGUCUUUCAUGCACUAGGCAUAUUUUAAUAAUGCAUUGCCUGCAUUAAAUCUAAGUAUUUAUAUCAUGAGCAUAUUAAACUGGAUGUUUUUGUACACAGCCAUCCAACAUCACAUAUGUAUAAUUCCAAAUGAAUAGACACAAUAGUAUUGCUUGGUGUAGUGAGUUGUGGGUUAAUAAGUUAGCCUCCCUCCCCAGAAAGUCUGUGACUCUAAUAAGGCCCAGAAAUGCAAUUGUGAACCUGAGAUGCUUUUCAGUUGCUCUUCUGUUUCUAGAAAUAGGGUUUUUAUCAUAUGGGUAUUUCAGUUAAGGGGAAAAAACGUGGAGAUAGGUCACAGUUUUCAUCCUAAUAACCAAUCUAAUCCCAUGUAAUUUGAGACAAAAUGAAAUUCUGAAUGUUGUUCAUAAAUUAUGAUGGAGUAUUAAAUACACAAAAAUGCUAAACCUUUUUUCAGAGUUACCAAAAUUUAACAUACCAUUGCACCAGCAUAUUGAUGGGAUACCUUUUAAUUUAUAACUUUUUUUUGGUCUUUAGAUUGGGAGCAGCCCCAGGUGGAAAGACUGUUCUAAUCCUCAGCUGAAGUAAUAAAUAUUCUUUGAGUAGAGAUGAAUUUAACAGAGCUGAACAUUUGUCUUGGGCUAGUGGUCAGAUAUUUGGUGGAGACAUUGGUCACCACCAUCACAACCUUUAAAUUCAGUGGGAAAAGUAUUCUCUGUUACAGCAGUGAAAUCUUCAUCUGGGUUCAUUAACUGGUGUAUGAGGCUGCACAUAAUUUUGGGGAAAUGAAAUUAUCAUAGAAAGUAGAAUUCAACCUGAGUACAUACAUUUGAUAUCCAAAAUUUGUGAUAGAUUAUAUCCUGAAGCAUGCUGUUUCUGCUGUUUCCCACAAUUGUGCCUGAAGUUAGACAUGAAAUUCAGGCUGUGCAUUAAUUCUAAAUGUAAUCACAAGGAUAUCUCAAAGCCUGUGAAGAUGUGUUACUGCUUGGGGUGUUCUCCCAGUGUAGCAGGUAUAAAAACAAUUGCACUCUAAAAUAAUGAUCUAAAGAAAUAUUUUCUUUCAGGAACAUGCAUUUUGUCACUUCUGAUUGUUCAUCUUGUAGUUACUGAAGACUUUAGGAAGCUACUGCAUGAAUGCUAGCAGGAUUUGAUAGCUGUUGAAGGGAAUGGACAAUAUGUCCUUUUGUGCUGCUUCUGUGGACCAAAACACCAACUCUAAGGCAAAGUGAAUACUGAAGAGUGAAAUAUUUUCAGUGAAAUAAACAAUACUUGAGUGAUACAAAUGGCAUUCCUUUUGAUUUGAGACCUAACUCUCUAGGCUCACUUGAGAAAUUUAGUAUCAACACUGUAAAAUCCAUUUUGGAUUAUCCACCAAUAUAAGAUACAUGGGAGCUAAAAAUCUAAAACCUUUUAGCAUUACUUGGCUAGAGGUAUUGCUUGUUUGAAAUGUGCCUAAAUUUUAUACAGAUAAUGGAGUUCUGAAGGUCCUUAAUAUUUUGGGUGUUUUAGAGGAUAAUCAGGUAUCUAUAGAACUAAACUUUUGACUGUGACAAUAUAUAGAAUAGCACAUAAUUCUUCAUAAGUGCUUACAGAGGCCACUAAGAAUAAAUACCUAUUUUACAGUUAGAAAAAGUAUUUAGCAUCUGUAUUCAUAACUUUAACAGUUGUACUAUAAGCUUUACAAAUACAAGUAUUAUAAUCAUUUGGAUUUGGCUGAACAAAUAGGAGGAGAGGAAAACGGGAAUUUAAAAAUCUUUAAAAAUGACAAAGGUAAAAAAUAUCCAUUAGUCCACUGACAGACUUGUGCUCCUUCAGUACAGCUUUUCACCGAGCAUGACUUAAACAACAGAACACUGUUGGUGUCUCACCAUAAACUGUCUUGUUGACAGAAUGCAUUCUUCAAACUUGUAUUAGAAAUAGAUGUUCAUAGCUUCACCUUGUGAAGUUGCCUAAGCUAAAGUGUUGUGACCUAGGCAAAGUUAUGAAGCUCAAAGAUAGCAACAACUUGUGAUGGAGAAGAGUGACUUAACAUUUAGUUGAUUUAUGCUUUGUACAGGACUCUGUUAUAGUGUGCAAAAGGUACUUGUUUUGAGUGGGUGUACUGCAUGCUCAUGUAAUAGUUUAGCCCCAGUUAAAAAAGGGAUGGCAUUUAAGUUGUAAAUACUGUAUACUACUCUAUUUCAUUUUUAAGCAACUUUUUUAUUUCCCUGUUUGUGUACAGUUCUCUAUGUACAUAUUUAAAAAACCCCUAAAACAAACAAACCACAACAUUUUGAGAAACUUGUGUAGUUAUCUUUUGCAUUUUAAUUGUGUUAACAACCUGAAUAUGUACAUUCAGCUGUCUAUUUAGUUUGAAGUUUUCAUUGCAUGCUUUCAGGUUCUCUGAAAAACAGCAAUAACAGUUGGACAACUAUUUAAAGUAAAACAUUCUUCUGCACAAUUUCCACUUCCAUUCUUUAGAAUGCAGACACAGUGGAACAGUUGUCCAAUUGUAAGAUUUAAAGAAUCUUAGGUAAUUAUUUAUAUUUAUUUUGUUUUUGGUAGUAGGAAAUGUCUCAUAGCAGCUUAUAAACAGAACUUGCAAGUAAAACAUGAUUUCUUGUGCAAUUUAUUUAACUGAAAUUUUCUAUUAAAAUAUUUUCAUAAACUUUCUGUAGCUUAUUGCAUGUUCUUCUAAGUAAUCAUGAAGCUAUGUGUCAAUCUCUGUAUGAAAUACUCUGACAACACAAGUUUUACAUUUUGUGAAUCUGGUUGAAAUGUACAGAUGUACACGUAAAAAUAAAGCUAAAAAUAGUAAAUAAAUGAUGUACCUUCCUGUGGACCACA